UCGUCUUCCAAUUUUUCCUAGGAGGAAGUAUAAACUUCCUCCGGCACCUUUCAAACUCAUAAGAUCUUAUUAAUUAUGGCGGAACAACUGUUGUUCGUCGCUUUGAUCGUAACGAUUAUUUCAGGUGUGUCAAGUCAUCAAUGCACUGAUAAUCCUCCAACUCUAAGCGCAACCAGAGGAGCAGGAAAAGUGCAAGAACUUGGAGGUCUCAACUGCUACGUUUCGGGCUCUGCGGAUUCCAAUUUCUCUGUCAUUUUGAUAUCAGAUGUUUACGGAUAUGAGGCUCCUCACCUGAGGAUGCUUGCGGACAAAGUAGCUGCAGCUGGAUUUUAUACUGUAGUUCCAGAUUUCUUUCGUGGAGAUCCAUUCGUAAAUGGGAACCCUCAUAAGCCUUUCCACAUUUGGUUUAAACAUCAUGGAUACGAUCAAGGCUUUGAAGAUGCAAAAGCCAUUGUCAAAGCUAUAAAAAGAAAUGGCAUAAGUAGGAUUGGAGUUGCAGGAUUUUGUUGGGGAGGUAAGGUUAACGUGGAACUCACGAAGCAUGCCUAUAUCGAAGCCGGGGUACUGCUGCAUCCUUCAAAUGUAUCUAUACAAGAUAUUCGGGGAGUUAAGGUUCCAAUUUCAAUUCUUGGAGCUGAGAUUGACCAAUUUUCUCCACCAAAGCUUGUGAGAAAAUUUGAAGCUGUUUUGAAGAAAAAACCCGAGGUUGAUAGCUUUGUGAAGAUAUUUCCCGGAGUUCAACAUGGGUGGACUAUAAGGUACAACGAUGAUGAUAAAUUAGCUGUGAAGAGCGCAGAAGAGGCUCACAAUGCCAUGUUGCAUUGGUUUAUUAAGCAUCUCAAAUAAAUUCAUCCGCAAACUUUCUUA